CAAACGCGUCCAACGACAUUGAUGCUUUAAGUUGAUGCACUUUAAUUCGACUAAUGCUUUGCAUAAUAUUGAUCUAGAAUCGCUCCCUGCAUUGACCACAGCCACCAUUUGAUAUCGAGAAAUUACAACUCCAUUGUCUCAUGUACUCUUAAUUUCGAGUUCUCUUGAGUGCCAUGGCAUUUGCUGCGAGGCUCACCGAGUUGACUGAAGAGCUGAUAACCGUGAUAACCUCAUCUUCAAGCCAGUCAGACGUGGAACGACUCAAUGUCUUGAGGGAGUCCAGCUUACGCAAACUCCGAUAUAACAACUUCUUGCGCACCAACCAGUUCAAUGUAGAUGAUCACCUCAAUGGGCUCGAAGAGCACUUUCGGGUUCUCAACAGAGACGAAUUAGCCGAUGCACUUCGAGAAAACCUGGAUGCACUCUCUUUAAUCUCUACUAAAUUUACACCAGAGAUGCUGCACUUCUUGUUGGAGUUAUCAGAUCAACCUGUCAAAAAGUCCAAGCUUUUCGAUUUGGAAUUGCUCCGGCAACCAAAAGAAGAUCCAGGGGCGAAGCUCACAUGGGAUGAAAUUGCCCAAGAAGAUGGCUGGGCAACGGAUCGUCAGCUUUGGCAGAAGGUCGAUUUCACCAAUGAUAGUUCAGACGAUGAUUACGCAGAUGAGGAUUUCGAAGGGUCGGUCAAGUCUGAAAGCACUACGCAGUCUAGCCUUGAGGCCCAACAUCGGCCACGGCCAACAGAUUAUGUCAUUGACGUCCGGGAUGAGGAUGUAUUGAAAGAACUCGACGACAGUCAGUCGUGGAGAACGACGCCGCACCGGACCUCCGCGGGCAAGCCUCACCGAGUCAUUAUCUCGGAGAUCCAGGCUGUGCGUGAGGUACUAUUCAUGCUGAAUGGACUUCCAAAUGACUUAUUUGGUCCUCGGGGGGAGCCGUUGACGAGAUUCCAGCUCAAACAUGCGUCAUGGGAGACAUGCAGAGCACUUCUGGGCUCGUUCGGUGAAUAUGGUCGCCAGAUACAGAUCCUUCGAGACUUCACUUCCAAACCCCAGAAAAUCCCCUUGAUGCAGGUGUUUGCGGAUGUGGUGCAGAAAAGGCUUCGUUAUUUUGAUCAAAAGACAUCUGCCAUCCAAUGCCUUUUGGUUGAUAUCAAGGCGGACACGGUUAUCAGCCUCGUCAAGCUGCUGCAGGAAGUGCAACCUCAUGUCACUCCGCUGCUCAGUUUAUCAAACAUUAUCCAACAGCUGGAUCGCGAGAAAUAUCCCCAUCCGUUUCGGUACUUAGAGCUGCUGUUCGAGUCUGCCGGGAUUGCGCAACUGGAGAACAACAACUCGAUUUACGAAUUCCUUGGCACAAUCUUUUUCGAAUGCUUUCAGAUUUAUCUCCGCCCGAUUCGUCGAUGGAUGGAGGAAGGAGAUCUUCUCGAAGGGGACAAGACAUUUUUCAUAACCAAGGCUAAAGUGCAAGUACCGAUGAGUCAAGUAUGGCAAGACCAAUACAGACUGCGUAGAACGCCAGACGGUGCUUUACACGUCCCAGGGUUCUUACAGCCGGCUUCCAACAGGAUAUUCACAACUGGGAAAAGUGUCAUUAUACUGAAGCUUCUCGGGAGGCACGAAACUCGUCAAGAACAAAUGCCUGAGCCCAAUCUCGACUUUGCAGGCUUGGGUGCGUCCGAGUUUGGACAUUUCGCCCCCUUUUCCGAGAUAUUCAAUGUUGCAUUCGAGAGUUGGAUGGAAAGCAAACACCACGCAGCAUCUGUAACACUCCGACAUGCGUUGUUUGACUCUUGCGGCAUGUGGUCAGUCCUAGACGCACUCCACCAUGUCUAUCUUAUGGCAGAUGGGUCACGAGCCGAUGCAUUGGCCUUCGGAAUCUUCAACAACAUCGACCUCCUCAACCCCAAAUGGCAUGAUCGAUUUACACUCACGGGACAGGCUCAUGAGGCAUUCGCCACGAUAGUCGAUUCGCACCGACUCAGCGUGUCCGGAUCUGGACACCAUGCUCAGGAGGAUAUUGUAGUUGCUCGAAGAUCAGUCCGGCAUUGCUUGCCAGCUAUUACGAUUGCGUACAGGAUGGCAUGGCCUGUUCGAAUUAUAUUGUCCGACGAUAGUAUUGCCCAGUACCAGGCCGUCUUCACACUGCUUCUACAGCUUCGACGCGCGACUUAUGUCCUCAAACAACAACGCUUAGUCUCACAAGCAAUGUCCGACAGCUGCCCAGAGCAGGCCAUAUACUUUGGUCUCCGCUCGAAACUACUCUGGUUUACCAGUUCCUUGCAGUUUUACCUUUUAAACAUUGUGAUUGGCCCUCUCACUAGUAAGCUCCGAGAAGAUCUCGGCAGGGCAGAGGAUGUAGACGCUAUGAUUGCCGUUCACGCUACCUUCUCAAAGCGUAUGCUUGACGAGGCCUGUCUCAACAGCAGGCUGAACGCAAUCCACCAAUGUAUACUCGAUAUCCUGGACCUCGCCAUCCGACUCGAAGACACACGCAAGUUCGAAGCUGAACGGGAUGCGGAGGAAACACAGGAGCUGUCACGACUUUCUGUGAUGAGGUCGCCUAUGGAUUCGGGCAAAAGUCACGGUGAACGAUUUUUAAAGGUCAGUGAGGAGGAAGACGAGUCAUUUCUUUCGGAGCAGGAUCAUAGUGCCGUCACAGCCGAUGCGGACAGGACGUAUCUUGAGGUUCUGCGCGAGAUACGGAGGGAUUUCGAUAAGCACCUCCGGUUCAUAAGCGGUGGUCUCAAGGGUGUGGCGAGAGCGAGCGGAGAUGCUGCUGCGAGGAAAUGGGAUACGCUGGCGGAGAUGUUUGAAGUUGGGGCACCGCACCAAUUGUGGUAGAGGCAGUUGGGCGGGGUCAUCAUGAUGCGGCUCGCAUGAGGCGAUGUACUUCGGCGAUCCACGGGCGCAAUGUGACAUCACAUCAACACCUUAGUAGUAUCCAGCUCCCCGUACAGAACACGAAUUGACGUGUUGGUCGAUUGAUUGCAAAGGGGGCGUUUUCAAUCGCCUGGAGUAUAUUGUCUCAGAGUGAAUUCUGAGAAGUUUUGAGUACGAUGGCGUAGGUGCGUCACUGUGGCGGCGUAACCUAGCAUCCAACCCUAUGGGGCCAUACAUCAAGAUCAC